GAGUAAAACAAAUUAACUGCGACGUGUGUUCGGUUCUACAUUCUAAUGCUUUUCAGAUAAGCCACUUUUUAUACUAUUAUACUCAUCCACUUAAGAUUUAUUGAUUUUUUUUCUUGAAUAGAAUAUCUGUCUAAUAUCCAAAGUCAAACGUCGAACCAACUAUCGAGGCCAGCAUGAAGAAAUUGCUUGUGGACGUGGACUGUGGUGUGGAUGAUGCUCAGGCUAUCAUGAUGGCUUUGGCAAUGCCCGAUGUGCAGAUCCUGGGGAUCACCUGCGUUCAGGGCAACACUUCAUUAGAGAACGUCUGCAAGAACGUCCUGCGCAUCCUGAAAGUGUGCAAGCAUCUGGAGAUUCCUGUAUUCCGUGGAGCAACUAAAGCGCUCUUGGAACAGACCGUCAGUGGUGGAGAGUUUCAUGGAAAAGAUGGACUCGGGGACGCCCCGGACCCUGAUGCUCCUGGUUUGGAUCUGGUCCAGAAAGAGGGCGCCGUGUCAGCCAUGAUCCGAAUAGUCAAUGAGAAUCCUGGAGAGGUGUCUUUAGUGGCCACUGCUCCGCUGACAAAUGUGGCUUUGGCAGUGAAACUUGACUCCUCAUUUCCCAAGAGACUCAAAGGCCUUUACAUUAUGGGUGGCAAUACAGAUUCUCGUGGGAACAUCACUGUGUGUGGAGAGUUCAACUUUGCGGCUGAUCCUGAAGCAGCAUAUAUUGUUCUGAAUGAAUUCAUUUGCCCAGUUUACAUUGCAACCUGGGAGUUCGUCUUACGAAGUAAAAUCCCCUGGGAGUUCUGUGAUGGUUGGCUGGCUCAGGACACAGAUAAAGCUCGGUUUAUGAAACAGAUCUUUAAGAAAAUCAUGGAGUCCAUGAAGAAGGUGACAGAUGGGCAGGGAUUCAUCUCCUGUGAUUCUUAUGCCAUGGCAGCAGCGAUAGACAACACAUAUAUCAUUGAAACAGAACAGAAAGCCGUCACUGUAGAGCUUACGGGGAACUGCUGCCGGGGAAUGAUGGUUGUAGAUCACCUCGAAAUCCUGAAGAAGUCUCACAAAGUCCACAUCUUGAAGAAGGUGGACUUGGAGAGGUUUAAAGUGCUCAUGAUGAAUGCUUUAAAAUAAAUGAUCAUUAGCAGCCAUAGCAUAGCAUAUUUUUUUAAAAACAUCUUCCAUUUUAUAAACAUCUGAAAAUUGUUUGCUACUGGCUCACUUUUUUAACAAAUCCAAAAACCAUCCAUACAGAAAUAACAGUCAGCCGUUGAAUGAGAUAUAAAUUUAAUUUUGAUAAACUACUAAUGUUCUUAAUAUUGAUCUCUUGAAUCCAUUGAUUUUAUGAGCGAACAUUCAGAACCAGAAAUCUGUUUUAUGUUUUUUAUUUCUGGUAUUGAUGCACUUCCCAAAUAAUCAUCAUGAGUCAAUGAUAAAAAAUUUUUUACAACACAAGUGAUUAAAAAGCAUAAUAAAUACA